GCCUCGCCGGUCAGGCUGGAUACGGAAACGAACAGCCGAGUGUAAACAGUGCCACGGGAUGAGUUUAGCAUGCUGCUUUUACACUUUGCACUCAGUGUGUUCCGUUUAACCCCCUGCGAAGCAUCACAGAAAGAUGAGGUCAUUUGUGGUCCUGCAUCUGCAUGGUUUGAAUCCGUGGACAUGUCAGUGGACGUUGCCAAACGAGGAUUCCACAGAGAGCUCCUGUAUGAAGUUCACCACGAUCCUACGCCUCAAGCUAUAAAGGCUCUAGUGAUUCAGAGAUUGCCCAGCGGAGUUUACAUGGAUCAGUAUCAGCUUGCAUCUUUGAGGGAGGACACUGGAUUACAGGUACUUCUGGAUUCAGCCGUUAGUCUUGAAGACCCAGCCCAUAUGUCCUCUGGUUUUUCUGCACUGGUCUAUCUCAGCCCAGCAGAUGGACUCCCUGGGCUUCUACAGGCAGUUGUUCCUGUCCAUGGCCGGUACCACAGGCCGUCCAGUUCAGGUGGAUGGGAACGAGUGUACAUCGAGGGGCCGAGGCUCCUGCUUCGUCCGGAAAGCUGUGAAACACUGCCAUCCGGUCUACCUCACAGAGUGGUUGAGGCCCCCUGCACAGUGCAGAACCAGAGUGUGUGCUCAUGGUUGGAGAUCCAAGGACUGCAGGUCCCUGACUCAGUGACUCUGGAGCUUCCAGUGGGGGAUUUCUCUCUCACCGGCCCGGUGUGUGCAGGAACAAUACUGGCAACCCUGCUGUGUUUCGCUCUUCUCUUCAGAACGAUCUGGACGCAUGGCAUCUUUUGAAAUUCUGAGUGCAGGAAUUCCAAGAGAUCCUAUAGAGAAUAGAGGUUCUGAGGGAAUGCUUCAGCAAAAAAAAUCAUGUCUGUACAGUUUUCCCUGUUAAACAUAGUCGGUUUGCUAAGACGGUGUUUGGUAGCUGAAGAUUCUUUAAUUCUGCGCCAAUGUAGCCAAGAAGUAAUAGAAGUGUACUUGUCUGCUUACUUCUGUUAUAUUUGCCUCAUAGCCCAAACACAGUCAUAUGCAAAAGUUUGGGCACCCCUGGUCGAGUGAUGCUUUGUUGAUUUUUCUAAGUGAACAUCCUCGGCAGAGAACACACUUCUGCACAUUUUAAGGCACAGUUAUUGUUUAUUCACUGAACUUCAUAUAAACAAAAAACAACACAAAAAUGAUGGUGCAUUUCACACAGUUGUUUUAUUUUGUCCAACAUGUUAAACUCUUAAAGAAAUUGGGCUCAAA